AUGUCCUCAUCGGAUGCGCCGUUGAGCCCGAAGGCCGUUUCUUGUCCGGCGAAGGUACUAGUUGCGGGUGGCUACCUCGUACUUGACCGGGAAUAUACAGGUCUGGUAUUCGGCUUAGACGCGAGGAUUCACACCGUUGUUGAGCCUAUCAAAACAAGAUCCGGUGUGACGAUCAAUGAGAUCCUGGUCACGAGUCCUCAGUUCCGUGAAGCGAUCUGGGAGUAUGGAUAUCGGUCGCAGAGUGAAGAUGGAGGUAUCACGGUGACACAAUUGAGCGUCGGCCACGAGCAGUCCAUCGCCCAAUCCCGCAACCCAUUCAUAGAAACCGCUCUAACAUAUGCACUUACCUACAUCCAUACCCUCCUCCCGAAAACCCUCAUUCAACCUUCCAGUAUCCGAAUUCUAGCCGACCAAGCCUACUACUCCAACCCAGGUGUCGCCCGCAGCUCCAAAAUCAUCUCACAGCCACACAAGGUAUCCCGUUUCCAGGACUUCAACGUCAGCCUGAAAGAAGCGCACAAGACGGGACUGGGAAGCAGUGCAGCACUGGUCACGAGUUUUACAGCAGCAGUACUAAGCUUCUACCUACCAAAAGAGCUGUUCGACGUACACACGGAAAGGGGGCAAACGGUUCUUCACAACCUUGCUCAGGCGUCUCACUCACAUGCUCAAGGCAAAGUCGGAAGCGGUUUCGACAUCGCCUCUGCGGUCUUCGGAUCCUGUCUCUACAAGCGUUUCUCACCAUCUCUCCUGAGUAAUCUGACUCAGCCCAGCAGUCCCGGUUUCGCAACACAGCUACGUUCUCUAGUCGAAGGCCCGACAUGGGACACCGAGAUCCAGAAGGCCGCUAUCAAGAUGCCCAAGGGUCUGCGACUGGUCAUGUGCGAUGUCGACUGCGGAAGCGAAACACCAGGUAUGGUUAAGAAGGUUCUCGCGUGGAGAUCAGAAAAACCAGAAGAAGCAGAGAAGAUUUGGAAGGAAUUACAAAACGGCAACGAGGCACUCGCUGCUGAGCUUACACGCCUCGCUACAGAGGAACAAGGUGACGGCGCGGCGAAAUAUGACACUCUGAGGAAAAUCAUCGAUGGCAACCGCGCUUUGAUUCGCUAUAUGGGCGAGAAGUCUGGUGUACCGAUUGAGCCGCCUCAGCAAACGCGACUACUGGAUUACUGCUCGAAACUCGAUGGUGUGGUCGGUGGUGUCGUGCCCGGCGCUGGUGGUUUCGAUGCCAUCGUCCUACUUGUAGAAGACAAGGAGGCGGUCAUCGAAUCGCUCAAGACUUCUCUUGCGCAGUACAAAGACCCAGAGGCGAUUGGUAAGGUCGGUGUUAUAGGUGUGAGGGAAGAGAUGGUGGGCGUCAAAGAGGAAGAACUAAGUCUGUACAAGGAAUGGGAGGCGGCUUACUGA